AAUUUUAAACCCGUUUGGUGGGUAAGUGAUUAAAUUACCAAAGAAGAGAAAAAAUAGGUAGGCUCAAAUCAUUAACCCCCCAAGGCAAAAAACCUCUCACCUCACCAAACAUUUUUGAAAAAAUGUUUUUAGAUCUAAAAGGCUUUCGUAGAAGCAUCCCCAAUCAUUAAACUUUACUAUAAUCUCCAUUUCCUUUUAAUCUUAAUGAUGUACACUGCGGGGCCAAAUCUCAAUCUAAUCCCACUUUCCAAAAACUAAAUUCCUAAACAAUAAAUAAAUAAAUAAAUAAUAAAUGAAACUCCCAAACAAAGCACAACUGGCGUACACCGCAGUGGCACUAACCGUAAUUUAAUCCAAAUGAGAGGGGCAUGCCCUAUAUGGCAACAAAUCAUCCCCGGACCGCUCCUACUUACUGAGGCCACUCGUCUCUCCGCUCCACUGUCUUCUCCAAUCUCAGCACAAACAGCGCAGACCACUUUCUCUUUUUCUCUCCCUCUCUCUCUCUCUCUCUCUCUCUCUCUAACCCGGCACGCAAUGCAGCUCAUCUCGGCCGCCGGCGUCGCCGCCGGGACCGUUCUCUUCCUCCUCUUCGCCGCAGCCUCCAUGACGGAGGCCCACAACAUUACCCGCAUCCUGGGGCCUCACCCGGAGUUCUCUACCUUCAACCACUACCUUAGCCUGACUCACCUCGCGGCGGAGAUCAACAGCCGGGAGACAAUCACCGUCUGCGCCAUCGACAACGCCGCCAUGUCCGACCUCCUUGCGAAACACUACACUCUCUCCACCAUAAAAAAUGUCCUCUCUCUCCACAUCCUCCUCGACUACUUCGGCACCAAGAAGAUCCACCAGAUCACCAACGGCUCCGCCCUCGCCGCUACCAUGUACCAGACCACCGGAAACGCCCCCGGCUCCUCCGGCUUCGUCAACAUCACCGACCUCAAAGGCGGCAGGGUCGGCCUCGGUUCCGCGAACAACGACGGCAAUCUCACUUCCACGUUCGUCAAAUCCCUCGACGAGAUCCCCUACAACAUCUCUGUCAUCCAGAUCAGCCACAUCCUCUCCUCGCCGGCCGCCGAAGCCCCCACGCCCUCCCCCAGCCACCAGAAUAUCACCGCCAUCAUGUCCGCCCACGGUUGCAAAGUCUUUGCCGACACUCUCCUCGCCAAUCCCGACGCCGAGAAGACCUUCAACGAUGGUAUUGAUGGCGGACUCACGAUCUUCUGCCCCAUCGACGACGUCUUCAAGAAAUUCCUCCCCAAGUACAAGAACCUCACUGCCGAUGGCAAGCUUUCGCUGCUCCUCUUCCACGGCGUUCCCGUCUACCAGUCGUUGGCGAUGCUCAAGUCCAACAACGGCAUCAUGAACACCCUAGCCACCGACGGAGCCAACAAGUACGACUUCACGGUGCAGAACGACGGUCAGGACGUCACGCUGAGGACGAAGAUCGUAACUGCCAAACUCACCGGAACGCUCCUCGACGACCAGCCGCUCGCGAUCUACACCGUCGACAAGGUUCUCCUGCCGAAGGAGCUCUUCAAGGCGGAGGUGCCGGCGCCGGCUCCCGCCCCGGAGGCGGAGUCCCCGAAGAAGUCUCCAAAAAAGUUGCCGAAAAAAGCUUCACCACCGUCGCCGCCCAGCGAUUCGGACUCGCCGGACUUGGCACCCAGCGACGAUGCGGCCGACCAGACAGCGGACAACAACGGCGCCGUUAGAUUUAUCGGGGCGAGAUUUGGUUCAGUGAUGGGUUUGAGUCUUUGGCUUGUACUGCUGAACCUCAUGUGAGUUUUUUUGUUUUUUUAGAAAAAAAAUUUCUGAUUAUUUUAUUUUAUUGUUUUUUUUCUAGGUUUUUAUUUUAUUUAGUUUUUUUUUUUUUUGGGAUGGUUACAAUAAUUGUGGCCUUUAUGGGCCCAAUUUAAUUUGUAUUAUUGGGUGUGUUGUAAUUGUUUUUUUUUUAAAUAUAAUGAGAGGAUUGGACGGUUGUGAUUUGUUUCA